AUGCCCUCGCCCUUCCUCAACCCCGCGGCCUCGACCGCCGCCGACGGACUGGCGAUCGUGCAUCUGCGCAGAGACAACCUGAUGCCGGUCAUUCUCGAAGCGCAAGAAGCAGACAAAGAAGAAAAAGUCACGACAACGCGUUUCGGCUCAUUCCCUCACAGUACACUAAUCGACCAGCCAUGGGGCUCUCAGAUUGUCGCUUCGCAGGUCCACGGUGGCCGGGCGAAAAAGUCCUCCACCAAGCGCAAGGCCGAUGAAGCACUCGGCGAUGGUGGUGAUACGUCGUUCAAGUCAGCGGCCAGCGGGUUUAUUCACGUCCUGCCGCCGACGCCCGAAUCGUGGACAGCAGGGCUUCCUCACAGAACUCAGGUCGUCUACACGCCGGACUACAGCUACAUUCUGCACAGGCUGCGCGCUCGCCCCGGCACGACGCUGAUCGAAGCUGGCUCUGGCAGCGGCUCGUUCACACACGCAGCAGCUCGCGCUGUGUUCAAUGGGUAUCCGUCGUCGUCGUCGUCGUCGUCGAACAAAAAACAGCGGAGGAGGAUGGGCAAAGUCUGCAGCUACGAGUUCCACGAGCAGAGAGCCGGCAAAGUGCGCGACGAGAUCAAGGAUCACGGGCUCGAGGAGGUUGUCUUCCCAACACACCGCGAUGUCUACGCUGACGGGUUUUUGCUCGGAGACGAUCCCAAAACACGCCAAUCGCCCAAGGCGACCGCCAUCUUUCUCGAUCUGCCAGCUCCAUGGCUUGCUAUAAAACACCUUGUGCGCAGUCCCGCCGACGGGUCAGUGUCGCCGCUGGACCCUUCGUCCCCGGCCUAUAUAUGCACGUUUUCGCCAUGCAUGGAACAAGUCCAGAAAACAAUCAGCAUGCUCAGACAGCACGGAUGGCUGAAUAUUUCAAUGGUAGAAGUCAACCACCGACGCAUCGAAGUGCGAAGAGAGUACUACGGACUCGGCAACGAAGGUGUCCGCCGCGCCAUUGUGUUUCCCAAAUCCGUCGACGAGGCCGUUGGAAAACUGCGACUGGAAGAAGCUCGGCAAAAGGAGUACCGCAAAAUGCAAAAGGGCAAUAGCAACACACAACAAAAAGACGGCACUGGCGCUGGUGCUGAGGCAGAGGCAGCGGGCAAUGACGAUGCCCUGAAAAGCGAAGUUGAGAGUGAUCAAGUACCGUUGUACGCGCAGGGCCGGCUGGUCCACCGCACAGAGCCGGAUCUCAAGACUCAUACUUCAUACCUGGUCUUUGCUAUUUUGCCGCGUGUGUGGUCUGACGAAGACGAGCGCAAGUGUAGAGAAACUUGGCCGUCGCACGACUCUAAAAGUUGA